AUGGAUAAGUUCGUCAUCAGAGGUGGCAAACUGCCCAUCAGUUUGCCAGAAGGGGGUACAAAAAUUAAAAUGAAGCAAGUUACCAUCCAGAGUUUGAAAGGUGUUGUUAACAUUGAUGAAAUAUUAAAAAUCAAAACAAUCAUAAAAGAGAACAAUCAGAGUGAUGAAAUUCUACGAGGAUGUCUUGAAACUCUUAAAGAAAAACUACCAUCAAGAGAUGUUCUUAAAUCAACAAAAAUAGGCUAUGCUGUAAAAUCAUUGACAAACCAUAAAGACCAAAAAAUAUCCAGUUUAGCAUCAGAAAUAUUGAAAAGUUGGCAACAGUUUUAUGCAGAAAAACUUUCAAAACCACUAAUUGAUGUCAAAUGUGAUCAUAAAACAAUGUUUUCAAGAAAUAUUGCUAGAAAACAUCUAACAAAUGCUUUAAAAAGUGAUAGUGCAGAAAUGGAAGUAUUUGCUGUUGAUGUAGCUACGGAAAUUGAAACAUCUGUUUUCCAAAAGAAAAAGUUUAUUAAUAAAGAGUACAACAGGCUGAUCAGGAAGAUUGUUUUCUUACUUCGCAAUAAUAAUUCAUUGAAAGUUGAUCUUCUGAAACAUUCCAUUUUGCCGCAUCAGUUGAUUGACAGAUAUGAAACUUAA